AUGAAACCAUUAUUCGCACCCAUCACUCUAUCGCUCUUCCCGGGGCUGAGCCUCUCGGCCGUCGUGACAGUCACCGUCCCCCCGGCCAUCCCGUCCGACGAGCCGCAGUGGAAGACAACCGACAAGUUCACGUCGGCGAUCCUCAACAGCACCAACUUCUACCGCAGGGAGCACAACGCCACGGCCGUCUCGUGGAACAAGACGCUCGCGUCCUUCGCCGCCGACUACCUCGAACAGAGCGACUGCAAGUUCGAGCACUCGGGCGGUCCGUACGGCGAGAACCUGGCCGAGGGGUAUCCGAACGCCACUGCGAGCGUCGAGGCCUGGGGCAACGAGAGGGACAAGUUCGACUUUGGGGACCCCCGGUUCACGCACGACACGGGCCAUUUCACGCAGCUGGUGUGGAAGAACACCACUGCUGUCGGGUGCGAUAGACGGCUGUGCGGCGAGUCCGGGUGGUAUCUCGUGUGCGAGUACUGGCCGAGGGGGAAUGUCAUCGGGCAGUUUGGGGACGAGGUCGGUCAGGAAAUAUCCGCAGUGGCCGCCAUGUUGAAGCCGAGCAUCGUGUCUGUCGUGGCUCUGGCCAUGUGCGCCGUAAUAUUGGCCGGGGCGUGA